CCUGAAGUCUACAUAAUAUAAUUUAUUAUUUUAAUGUUUGAAAAUGUUACAGCAAACCAAUUAUAAUAAUAGUAUCGAACCAAUUAGGUAGUGUCGUGAACAGGAAGCGUCGAGCUUUCCCGCUAAAACCUGACAAUAAAAAAACCAAAUCAUGUCGAGUAGCCCGUUUCCGUAUACCUGUGAGCUAUGUGGUGCGGAAGGCCUCACGGACGAGGGUAUGAGGUCCCACACACUAGAAGCCCACGUGGCAGGUCGUCCAGAUUGCCCCUUCUGUGACUGCACUGUUCCUCAGCCACAGUUGGUUGGCCAUGUACAAAGGGCUCAUUUGCACUAUUUAACACCGGAAAGGGAAUUAAUGGCUUUUAUAGACGAUCAAAGUCCAAGCUUUGAUGAUGACUCUAAAAUGACAACGGACAGUUGUAGCUACAAUACACCCGGAUCAAUAAAUGGCUGGCACAGUCCAGACACCACGUCAUCAUACCACAACGGUGCCAUAUCUAAAAACUCCUAUUACAAUGGUUUUCAAGAGAAAGAUAAUAAUUAUCACAAUAAGAGCGAAAGAGACGACGAGAAGUUCUCGAGGUCACCUAAGAACAUCAAUCUUACUAAUGGAGUGAAGAAUAUUCAUAUCAAUAAUGGUGUUAUACCAAAAAAGAACUGCAGUAAGGAGAAUUCCAUGGAGCGUGAUGGAAUGAGCGUUUUUAAUGGGCAUGAUAAAAAAGGUAUUCAUUCAAGCUCAAACCAUAAUAGUAAUGACAAUUCUCCAAAUAAGAAUAAGUUGAUAAUGGCAAGUGCAGGUCAAGGUUCUCCACUUAGAUCACAACUAGCACUUAAACUUAAAUCUAAUACACCCAAAAAAUCUGCUCCAACUCCUAGCCCUACAGUACAGUGCCUCCUGUGCGUAUUCACAUCAACAUGUCCGCGAAAGUUAGAAGAGCAUAUAAACCGGGCGCAUUUCGACCUCACUUCCCCUUCUGUGAUAGCCAACGCUAACAGUAACUCCAAUAUCACGGAGAACGUGACCCUAGGACUUAGUAACGCGACCCUGACGCUGGAGAACCCUACGUUGGCGUUGAGUGCGAUGGCUUUAUCCCCGGGACCUCACGGGUCGAAGUUCCAGUGUCCUAUUUGUGAAAGGGAGUUUGCUAAUGGAUCUGAUGUGGAAGUACAUGUUAAUGUUGAGCAUCGGGAUAUAUUGAGUCCUCAGAAAUCGGACCAGACAGACAAUGCCUCGUGUGAUGAUGUAGUGAUGAUGGAGGAGAGUCCAGUCAGCAACUGUCCAGUGUGUUGUCAGCCUUUACCACUCUCGCAGAAUGAACUGAUACAGCACAUAGAUGAGCACUUCGAGAGGGGUGAGGACGGCGGCGCGGCGCUCACGGCGGCUGAACGAGAGGCGCAGAGGAACCGGGAGGAGCAUGAGUUCCAGCUGCUGAGGGCGCAAUAUGGUAUGGAGGAAGAUGAAGAAGGAUAUACUAGUCGCGCAGCCAGCAGCCUAAAGCGUGCCGUAUACAGCGGAGCCCUGUCCGUGGCCGGCUACUAUGAGCGCAGCGUAGGGCUCAAAAAGGCCUCCGCCCAAGGCCUCGACGCGGGGUGCUCUAGGACUAAUGGGAUUCUGGAAAGGAUAGGUCAGUUGAAUGCUCAAAACCCGAGCAUAGCGAAGACCUACCUUUGUAGUGCCGUCGACCACUACGCCAGUACGUAUGGCGAUCGCGGCUGGGGCUGCGGGUACAGGAACAUGCAAAUGGUGCUAUCGUCGCUGGUGCGUCACCCGCCCUAUGCCGCUUUACUAAGUGGAGUGACUGAAAGGGAGUGCGAGUGCGUGCCUUCUAUACCCAGCCUGCAGCUGCUGGUCGAAAGGGCCUGGCAACUCGGCUUCGACACACAGGGUUCAGAGCAGUUGGGUUGUAAACUGCACAACACAAGAAAAUGGAUUGGUGCUUGCGAGGUUGUUACUGUAUUGUCUUCACUUAGGAUAAGGUGUCAGCUAAUAGAUUUUCACAAGCCGACAGCGGGCGACGGCAGUCACCCCGCGCUGUUCGACUGGGUGCUACGAUAUUUCCAGAACGAUCCCAACGCCUUCAAACCACCGCUGUAUCUACAGCAUCAAGGUCACUCGCGAACAAUAAUAGGCUACGAGCGGCAUAAAGACGGCAAGGCGACCCUACUCGUGUUGGACCCCUCACAUUCACCCGCGCAGGUGCGGCAAGUGGUAUGCGGCAGCGCGUCCAGCAGCGCGACCGCGUUGCGACUGUUGCGUCGCGGCGCGUCCGCGCUGCGCGCCAAGCAGUACCAGCUGUUAUGUGUCAACGGGGUCAUGGCGUCCGAAAACGAAUAUCAGGCCAGCAAAGUCCUACAAUCAGUUCGCAUACCCUAGGGGAGAGUGACCCCCCAGUGCAAACAGACAUUAUAUCACGCAAGCCUCUCAUUAUACAAUAUACAUUAUACAUAGUUAUACAUUAUACAGGUACCGCAGACCGCUUCAAACACCUACCCCUGUAUAACCAUUCUAUUAUACAUCAAUAAAAAUAGUUAGUAAUAGUCAUUACUUAUUAGUUAGGAAUACACAUUUCUUGUUAAUGGGCUAAUGUUGUCGAAGAUAUAUUUUUUUAAUUCGUUUCAUUGUAAAACAAAAAAAUUCAACUUUUCAAGGUUCUCCAAAAAGUUCGAAAUGGAAUAAAAAAGCCAAUCCUUUUUUAAUUAA